AUGGCCAUGGCAACAACGGAAGACGAAGAUCCCCACCUGGAAGUUGUCAACGAGGUCAUGGAGAUCGAACCUAUGGCCUACUCGAUGUCCACCGGCGUAGGCUCCAUCGACGGCUCCUCCCAAGGCCUACUUCUGAGCGAUAUCAUCGACAACAAACCCUGGCGAGUCCGACUUACUAUCGGGCAACGACCCGAGGGAGCGUCCCCUAACGAGCCCUCGCCGUGCUGCCAUAUCGACGGUUUGCUCGACAGCGGCGCUGGUGCUAACUUCGUGUCGACCGCUGUCGUCAAGUUCGCGCUACGACGCAACCUUAUCGACGCUCAUCUCCUUCGAACGCUCAAUCCCAUCAAGAUCACCUAUGGCAAUGGACAGACGGCAAUCUGUACCCGAGCCAUCAAGUUACCCAUACGUUUUUCCCUUCAUAGCUCCCUGAACGAUGAAGCUCCCUCAAUGGUCUGGCUACAUUGUCUGAUGGUGAAGGAUACGAAGCCAUCAAUUAUCGUCGGUCGUCCUGGUAUGGCCACUUUGGGUGUACGAGCAACCAUUCCGUCAUGGGCUUACAAGGACCCCACCAGCUGCAGCUCACACGAUACGGUACUGUGCCACUCUGCUCUUUCCACACGUUCGACAACCUUUGAGAAGGGGACCAUUACCGACACGUCUCGCAUCGACUAUGACUCACCCACCGACAUCUCCUUCUACACCACCCGUGAAGACAAUGGCGCUAGGAGGCUCUGCGUUCGUGCUCCAUGCUUCGAAACAGCUAAGGUCAUUCCCUUCAGUGAGAAAAUGCGGCCCCGAUCAGUCUUGGAGUCUGCUAUUCUACACUCCAGAGUUCUACAAAUGUAUCGAGAAGGGAAAGUGGAACUUAUUUCGGCUGCCGACGCCAUCAUCAUUUUGGAGACAGUUCUGGUGGAUAAGCUGGCCACAGGUAAUGGCCCCAAACCGCCACGACCUUACCACCUACCAGAUGCAGAUCUCAAGAAGAGAUAUAGGGUGACUGUGGAUGCUCGCCCGGUUAACAAUCUACAACUCACCGUCGCCGGUAACAAAUUCCAAUGGGUACCACGCUCAGUAUCAUCUGGUAUGCCGAAAGCUGACCUAGAAAGUCCGAACCAACAUCAACAAGGACCUAUCGAUAUUCUCAACAAUUGGCCGAGUUUUGCCACUACCUUCUACGGUCGCCUGGACCUGAGCGAUGCCUUCUACAGCAUCUCCAUUCCCGAGCGCGUUCGGUCUCUAUUCUGUUUCCGUACUACAUGCACUGUCAUGGACGACACUGGCAAUCUUAAUUCUCUUGGCGACUCCUUUCUCUGGCGACUGUGUAGACUUCCUCAGGGUUGGACCUACCCUCCUCUCAUUUUUACCCGUGCCUUAUCUCAUCUCCUAUACUUAUUCAGGGCACAGUGUAAAUUACGAGUCCACAUCGACCACUACCAAGACGACCUUUUACUUGGUGCCGCCGAUGAGAAGACUCUCAACCAAUGCAUUGAGACCUCUCCGACUCCUCGAAGCUAUGGUUCGUCGUGA